CCCGGAUUUCCGGGAAUUCCCGGAAGACUUUCAUCACUGAAUGUUCAAAUUUCAUCUGAUAUUGUGAAUCUAAUUUAUAAUUUAUAAAACGUGCACAAUCUUUCCAAAGUUUUUUAGUAGUAUUACAAUUCCAAAAUAAGUGACUGACUGUUUCUGGGUGUUCUUUACAAAAGGUACAGUUGGGGUCAAUAGUCUUCUCCUAUCUGAUCAUGUAUUGAUUAGUGGGAUAGAUUCUAUGUAGGAGUUUGUAGGAGACGUCUCUCAUCUUGUUAUUAAUUAAUAAUUUCUGAUGCAGGGUCCAAACAUUUUUCCAGGACAAGUCAGGAAUAAAUUUUCUCCAAUAAAAAACAGCAGAGGAACAGAAAUGACAUUUUGCUGAAACACUCAUGAUCUUGUUAUUUUUUCGGGCACAGUUGAAACAAGAUUUUCCAAUAGUGGUGUCACUUACAGACAUGAAGGGAAUAUUUGCAUCAAGUACAGUAUUUCUAAAGAGUUCACAGAGUUCAUUAGUGACAGCAUCAAAAACAAUGGCAUACUCUUUAGGGGGAACAGCAGGGUUACUGUUAAGGUUAAAUUCCUCAUUUUUAAGCAAUCGACCAUUGUGGUUAAAGAGCUGACCCGCCACCAGUAGGAUAUUAUUGUCAAACCAAUUAUUGUAAAAUAAAGAUUUGUUCUCGUAAAGGAUACGUUAUUCCAAAUAAAAAACUUAUGAGGGAAAAAAUUGUGUUUAUAGAUAAGUGCCCAUGAAAGAAGAGUUUGUCUGUGAAAAGCAGAGAGUUUCACUGGGAUUUGUUUAUAUUAUAAUCACAAAGCAGAAGAAAAUGGAGAAAACCUACGUUAGCAAACAUGUGAUGAGGGAAAAUAUUCCAAAUGGAGAGUGGAUUUUUUAAAUAUGACUUAAUCCAGUUUAUUUUAAAAGUACUAUUUAAAGUAGUAAAAUCAAGAAAAUUUAGGCCUCUUUUUCAUAGGAGUUCAUUAAUACAGAUUUUUUAAAAUAAUGAAUACGGUUUUUCCAGAUGAAGUUUAGCAGCAUUUGGUCAACAGAUUAAAGAGUCUGAUUGUCCAGGUGCAGAGACAGAGCAGAGUAAGUUAGUGUAGAAAUCCCUUCUGCUUUGGAGAGUCAAAUCCUUCCUCUCAGACUCAGGUCUCUCUGAAGCCAUUGGUUCACACGUUUCUUGGCUUUAUCAAUUAGGGGAGUGAAAUUUAAUGAGCAUCUUUCUAAAUUACUUUUGCAAAUAAUAAUGCCUAAAUAUCACCUGCAAAAGACAACGAGCACACCCACGUCUGCACAACGCACGAGGCACGCGCGACCUUAGCCACGCCUCCUAACGUACCACGCACUACGUCACUUUCCCUCCCCCCGGCCUUAGCAACAGAGGAAACAUGGCGGCGUCCGGCAACGCAGAGCAUUCCCCGGAGAUAACAAGGCCGUUGAAGAUCCCGAAAACCGAGGUUCCAUCUCCCGAAUCGGAGGACUUGAGCGACAGUAACCAGUGCCAGUCCAACCCGUCCACGCCGAACCGCUUCUCCCCUCUGAACGUGGGUUCGGGGACCACGAGCCGUCCGGCGGCCUCGUCCUCCUCCAACUUCACUGCUUGCAGAGGGAUGUCAUGGACGCCCUCCGAGACGAACGCCCUCAUCGCGGUGUGGGGCAACGAGCGGCUGACGGAGGCGAGGAUGCAGCAGCUGGAGGUGGCCGGUACCGUGUUCUCCGGGAAGGCCCCCGGUCCCGCCAUGUACGAGCGCGUGUCCAGAGCCCUGUCGGAGCUGGGCUACGAGAGGACCCCGUCUCAGUGCCGGGAGAGGAUGAAGACCCUCCGGCGCUGCUACAGCCGCGUCAAGGAACACGGGAUUGGCAAACGAAAGAGUAGCUAUACGCUGGAGCAGCUGGAGAAAGUUUUUGGUCAGGGAGGCUGGGACUCCCAGACCUGCGCCCCGGUGUUGAUCAACAGCAAUGGACUGUAUCAGGAGAUGGAGUCUGACGGCAGCACUCUGGAAGAGUUCUCUCAGGAGGACUGGUGCAACCAGGUCCUGGACUCAGCUUUUCACGAGGGUGACAUGGAGAGUGACCUCCAGGUGUCUAGAAACAGACUUCUACACAUACAAGCAGAGCUGUCUGACCAAAGCCAGAAGAGGGACACCAUGCAGACUGUGAUCCGGAUCCUGGAGUCGGUGCAGCUGCAGUGGGAGCACUUCCAGACAUGGACCGAGUUUUCCCGGCUUCAUCUCUCCAACAAGCUGGCCAUCUUUGGCGUGGGCUACAACACGCGCUGGCGCGAGGACGUGCGCUACCAUUACGCUGAAAUCAGCUCGCAGGUGCCGCUGGGAAAAAGGCUGCGUGAGUACUUCAACCCAGAGAAGCCGGAGGGUCGCGUCAUCAUGACCAAAGUUCAGAAAAUGAACUGGAAGAAUGUAUACUACAAGUUCCUGGACAUCACCAUCAGUGAAGCACGCUGCCUGGAGCUGCACAUGGAGGUGGACUGGGUCCCUGUGUCCCAGUCCAGGGCGACAGGAAGCGGCAAAGUAGCCUUCCACUACCUCCUGCCCGGGGACAUACCCAACACCUACGGACUAUAUGCUAUUGGCUUUGAGUCUGUCAUGGGCAGCAACAGCACCGCUCACACCUCACCUCACACUGACAGCGAGGAUCACAGCUCGCUCCAGUGCGAGUCCGAAAACGGAGGUCAGAUCAGCGGAGCGGGCCAAGGGGACAGAACCGGAGGAAAGGUCACUUACUGCUACCUGGGCAUCGCUGAGGACAGAACCAUCCAGCAGUGUCUCUUACAGCACUUUCAGGGUUCUGGGAAGCUGUUCUUCCGCGGGGAGUCCUCCGCUGUGACACGCUUCCUACGGGAGAACUGCAGCGGCACAGCGCUGAGUCCAGACAGCGGCGCUGGCGAAGAGCCGCCGCAGCGCUUUGCUGUUCACAUCAAGUUCAUUGAGGUGGAGCUGGACUUCCUGUCAGCAGGUUCGCUGGUGGAGUGUCUGGAAACUGCUGUCGGUUAUCCUUUGAAAUACAACUACAGAAAAAGCUUGUAGCCCACUGUGUGCAGGACUUCUGGUGGUUCUGGAGAAGUGUGUCACCAGGAGCUCCUCCCAGGUGAAGGAGAUGAAGAUUAAGGCUGUACAUCUGCAGUUUCAGGGCCACAGCUAAUAUUCUUCAGUUCUUGUUAGUUAAGGUGGUAACUACACUUCUGUGUAAAAGUUUUAUGAACUCCUCACUUAUUUCCACAGAGCCAAACCUUUUGGUAAUCCUUUAAACGGAGCCUGUAGGCCGAAGUGCCGCCGUCCCACAAGCAACCAGUCAGGGGUGCAGCACACCUGAUCCGGGUCAUGAGCAGCACCGGGACCGAGGCCCGGGAGGCCUGCUUCUGGGUUUGUGCAGGAAAGGGAUCACAGUGCUUUGAUACAUCAGAAAGAUGGAAGCCAGUGUUUGGAUGCAGGUCUUGAACCGGAACAGCUCCUCAGAGGAUUUUUAAAUGGGGAACUCAUGGAUUCUGUGUGCAUCCAUUCUGCCAAGCUUCCAACUGUUGGUGCUGAGUGGCAGAGCAUGACAAAAGGAGAAGUUCCUGUGGAAAAGCUCCAGGAGAUAAACCUCCAAAUGUUCUGGACCACUGUAGAAGACUUAAAGAGGGACGGCUGCCUCGGACUUUUGCACACUCCUGUCUAUAGAGAGUGAAAUGCCUGUCAACUAAAUCUGGCCAGCAGGACAUGAAGCCCUUAUAGAUGGUCUAGAGGGGAGAUUUGGAGGUCAGAGUGGCUGUGGCAGCCUCUGAAGUCCCUUUGGUUUUGUAAGUCUUCACUGCUUCGUUUGUCAGCGGGGGAUGUGGGAAUGGCAGCAUCCAUCUGUCUACCUCAGUGGGAUGUAGGAAACGGGGCAGAGAGCCUUGAUUUAUUCUAAAACUGCCUUUACUUUGAUGUUAGAGUCUGAAACGGAGUUUAGUGCGUCUGAUACGCUGAUGGAGUUUGCACUUUCACCUGGCCGACAGCCAGCAAUGCUUUCACACACAACAGGGAUGACGGCGGAGGGGGGAGUCCAAGUGACCUCCCCCUUUGUCAGCCACAGUGUUAACUUGUGCUGCUGUGAUUUUUUCCACUGAGAAAGUUUUGUGAAAAGACGGCAAAUAAACAGAUUUUGGUUAGUCUGCCUGGCUGACGUUGCUGCAGCCACAACCACUACUUGAAAAGAGAAACUCCUGAAGAUUACAGGAGGAAUUCUCCCUGAGAGUCUAGCGAAGAGGACGGCGACGUCUACAUUUCUGUGGAGGAAGGCCUGGCAGUCAGUCCUGCCUCACACAGCCUGCUGGCCUGACCUCAGGAGCACAGGAGGACUCCCCAGUUUGCUUCUGUAAGUGUUUUGAAAGGAUCCUGUCAGUGUUGGUGAGCGUCUGCAGGCCUCACAGCCCGUCUGCACAGACUGCACUUACAGCUCUUCAGCUAUGCGCAGACGUCCUCAGGCUCAAUCAGCAGUCAGCGUCACAUGACUUCCCUUGAUAGUCAUCAGUCUGACUUCUUCAUGAAAACACGAGGGGAUGUGCAAUGUUCCAGGAAAGGACUGAAGGAAGAGUGGAGGAGUUCAUACGUUUCUAUGUAUAUGAAAAUGACCAUAUUUAUCUAGUAUAUAUAUAUAUAUAUAUAUUUAAGAGUAUCCGUGUUCUUGAGCAUUCCAGCUUCUGCAAACUUACAAAAUGUAAGAGUUUCUCACAAAGAGUUGUGUAUUUUCUGUUGAAUAUGCUGACACUUGUGUUUGUGAUGGUUUCAGUCACUGUCCUGUGUUUACAUGUCUGCAAAACAAUAAAUGGAGACCUGCUGUUGUUUGUGA